UUAUUGAGGCAUAACCUUUGUGCCUCAAAACUCACAUCAGUUGCAUCUGCAUGGCUUUGCCGCUUUGCAGCUAUUUUGGGGAAGGGGCUAUGGUUCAGCGGUAGGGCAUGCAUCACGAGCAAUCAAUUUCCAUCUAAAAGGGACGUGUGGUGUUAAAAGGUCUGUUCCUCAAACUUUUGAGAACUGCUGCCAGUCAUAAUAGGGAAUACUGACUUUGAAAGACGAGUGGCAAGCGUUCACAUAACGAGGCAAGGGUAUGAAGGAAGGGGGGAGAUAUAAACCGAUGGAUGGGUGAAAAAAAAAUAAAGAAGUGGGCUCCGCAUCACCAACGCUUGCGCGACAAGAUUUCGUUUAGUCUGGUUUUUUGGAAGCUGCAGAUUUAAGAAGGAACGUGCCUAUUACGAUUAAGGACAGUAAACACGAGAUGCCUCUAGGUGGCAGUAGCAGAAGACAACUUUUAUACUGAAAAGCAACACUAUACUAUCCUCCACCAAGCAGAAGAUAAUACACUCUGCUCGAUUCGGUGCGGGAAUGAACGAUCGCUUGCUAGCUCUCCUCCACGUCUCUGCGGGGCAGUAUCCUCUUCCGGAGGAGCUUCUCUGGCCCCUUCAGCUCCGCGUUGUCAGCCGAGUGACGUAUUGCGCCUGCGCAGCGGCCUCGGCCUUUUCCCCAGCGAUAAGUGCUGCAGACGUUUCGCUGAGCGGCCCUCGGCCUAAAGCGAAAGCGGACCGAACCGAGAACCAUGGGGUUCGUCAAAGUUGUCAAGAAUAAGGCCUACUUCAAGCGAUAUCAAGUGAAAUUCAGAAGAAGGAGAGAGGGCAAGACUGAUUACUAUGCUCGGAAACGUUUGGUGAUUCAAGAUAAAAACAAGUACAACACUCCUAAAUAUAGGAUGAUUGUACGUGUCACCAACAGAGAUAUCAUUUGCCAGAUUGCAUAUGCCAGAAUCGAAGGUGACAUGAUUGUCUGUGCAGCAUAUGCUCAUGAGCUGCCAAAGUACGGUGUGAAAGUAGGCUUGACCAACUAUGCUGCUGCCUAUUGCACUGGCCUGCUGCUGGCUCGCAGGCUGCUGAACAAAUUUGGGCUUGACAAGAUCUAUGAAGGCCAAGUUGAAGUAACUGGCGAUGAGUAUAAUGUGGAAAGUGUGGAUGGGCAACCUGGUGCCUUUACGUGCUACUUGGAUGCAGGUCUGGCUCGAACUACCACUGGGAACAAGGUCUUCGGUGCUCUCAAAGGAGCUGUGGAUGGUGGACUCUCAAUCCCACACAGUACCAAGCGCUUCCCCGGCUAUGACUCAGAGAGCAAAGAAUUUAACGCAGAGGUCCACCGAAAGCACAUCAUGGGGCAGAACGUUGCAGAUUACAUGCGUUACUUGAUGGAGGAGGACGAAGAUGCUUACAAAAAACAGUUCUCCCAGUAUAUAAAGAACAAUGUGAUGCCUGACAUGAUGGAAGAAAUGUAUAAAAAUGCCCAUACUGGGAUACGUGAAAAUCCAGUCCAUGAAAAGAAACCCAAGAGAGAAGUCAAAAAGAAGAGGUGGAAUCGUCCCAAGUUGUCUCUCGCCCAGAAGAAAGAUCGGGUGGCUCAAAAGAAGGCCAGCUUCCUUAGGGCCCAGGAACGUGCAGCUGAUAGUUAAGAUUCGUUCCAUAAUUUUCUAUGAAGAUUUUUGGAAAAACACAAUAAAUUUAUUGAACCAA